UCCAAUUUGGUAUCAGGUAUAUGCCGAGCUACUAUCCACAAAAUAUUGCUCUGAAAGUUAGCUGGGAACUAAACUAGCUGAAAAUUUGGGAAAGUCUACCUGCGAGAAAGAUCCCGAAGGGCAGGUUCGAAAUGCCAUCCAUCACUAACUCACGGCGGAAGAAAAUCAUCGGAAAACUUUAAAAUUGUUUUUAAAUGACAAAGCACGGCUACUAUCAUCAAAAUUGUUCGAAGAAGUAGUUUGUCACAAUCAGCAACAUCUGCGAAAUGACAUGUGACGAACAACUGAAGCGUAUGUUUGAGCAGUUCAGUCACAACACAAGGACAAAAUUGUUGACUUAGUGGAGCUGAUACAAAAAGAAAAUCACUCGUCAAAAUAAAUUACAGGGCUUUUGUGAAACAUCAUAUCGGACGGCAACACCGGAAUACGAAAAAGCGGAAAUCGAAAGAGGAAAAUUGUUGCAGUGGACGAACCAAAGAUGAAACCUAACGUCUUUCAGUGAUCACGUUUUGAACGCCGAGCUACAAUCGUCGAACAAACUACCUCUAUUCCGUUCUGUAAAUUUGUACUAGUUUUGUCAAAAUUAGCUGUUGAGUUCUGCGUUAAACCUCAUUGAAAUUUGUAUACAUUACAAUUUUCGCUGACAUGUUAGUUUACAUUUUGCUUCUUCUGCAUAAAUCAGACAACAACAAGAAGUAUACACCAGCAAACCCUGCAGGGGAGGGGAAGGGGAGGAAAACUCCUUUAUCUGGCGCUAACUGCAGUGUGUGUCGCCAGACAGGACCGAACAGGGAAUUGUUUUGGGGCCUUGAGCCUUAAACAGGGAAUUAAAUUUUUUUUUGAUUUACCGGCGUCUUGAAAGGCCGUCUUUAGAGAUAAAAGAAAAGAAAGAAAGAAGGGAGUUGAAAGUAGUUCCAAGUUCUUCGUUCGACUGCAUGUACGUGUUAGUAUCUUUCCUUUAGGCAAAAAAUCACAAGGACGGAUUGACAUGUAGCGAAUUGAUGAACUAUUUCACAACAAUUUUGCGGCCUACCUGGGGCAAGAAUAAGCGAGAUGCUAGCCUCACUUAGCGAAAGUAGCGCAUGAAAGCCUGAUAAUUGCGAUCUUCUUUAAAAUCAAAACAUGACCAAGCUGUCCAGUCUUUUUGACAUACUUUGCGACAUGGGACUACAAGUUCCCGGACAGACCUGAAAAAUAGAGGAAAUGAUCAUAAAAUUCUUAUUCUUCCGCUAGAAAAUCCAAACGAUGGACCCAUACGGUAUACCAGAUGAUAUGAUAACAACACCUCCUACAGACCACUUACAAACGGUCAAAUACGUGAAACACUUUGACAUACAAGGAAAUCGGGUGCGACCGCCUAUGAAGUACAACAAGAUGGAAGGUGGCAACCUUUUCCUGGAAUAUCUCAUGUCUGUGCAAGGUCCACAAGUGGUCGACAGGCUAAUGACAGUAGGCUUUCGUCCUGAAAGAGGGGCGGAAACUGACUGCUCAGAAAGGAUCCUAAAAAGAGGCAUUCUUUUUAGCGGCGAGGUUUAUCGAUUCCUUGGCCAUUCCAACUCUCAACUUAAGGAGAGAACUUGUUUUCUAAUGAACGACACGGAUGAGCACAUUUACGAGCUGCUCGCGGAGUUUGGCAAGUUUUCCCAGAUCAAAUCAACCGCCAAGCGUGCAAAGAGAAUUGGACUGUUAUUUUCGUCUUUCAGUCAAAGCAUAACUCUGGAAGAACACCACUACGAUGUUAUCAACGACAUCGAGCGCGGAAAUUAUAUUUUUACCGAUGGAUGUGGUUUUAUGUCAGAUUCAUUCGCGCAAGAAAUACAAGAUGUACAACACCUUGAAAGCAAACCUUGUGUGGUACAAGUCAGGUACCAAGGCUUUAAAGGUGUCUUGCUCCUCAAUUCCCAGCUAGACGGUGGCGUAAAGGUACAGUUUCGUAAGUCCAUGAGGAAAUUUGCUAUUCCGGAUGAGCAGAUGCGCCGAACUUGUACCACGUUUGGUGUCGUAAAGUGUUCCCGGCCAUACACCAUUGGCUACCUUAACAAGCAGAUUACGAUGUUGUUGGCGGACAGCGGAGUUAAGCACAGCUACCUAACUGGGCUGCAGAAUGAUUAUCACGCAUUGCUCAGAGAGGUCUUGGGCAGUGAACAAACCGCCGAGUUCUACCUGCGUAUCAAAGGUGAGCACAAAUUGCUCAAUUGGUUGCACGACGAUGGUUUGAAAAGUGACAGCCUGCAAAGGGAACUCAAAAGUCUUCGUAAUAAGGAAAUUCGCAAAAUGCAGAAAGAAUCCCCUAAGGAUAGAAACGACAACACCAGUCAAACAAAUGGUUCUAAAUGUAAGCUGAGGGUUCUUGUUCCAAAUUCAAGGGUAGUGUUCGGUGCAUGCGAUCCAUUUAACGACCUUGAGUACGGCCAGUGCGUUUUUCAACCAACUCUUUAUGACGAGGUGCAAAUUGCAGAGUUUCAAGCGGCUCAAGAAGUGAUUAUUGUUCGGAAUCCCUGUUAUCAUCCAGGUGACAUCCGUGUAUUGAAACUCGUGAAAAAUCUCCGAAAAUACGAGUAUCUCAGUGAUUGCAUCGUGUUCCCUACAAGAGGGAGCCGACCGCACGCCGACGAAUCUUCAGGAGGGGAUCUUGAUGGCGAUGAAUUCUUCGUGAGUUGGGAUCAGGAUCUGAUUCCUCCAUGGCGCAGUGCUCCCUUUGAAUACUCGUGUAACAGUCCACUCAUCGCGAUUCCAAACGCGGUUAAAGGCUACUUGAAUCAGUUUACUAGUUACUUAAGAGAUUUUAUUACCAGCUGGGCACACCAUUACAUGCCAUCGUUGUUUGGCUCAGUAGAGCACGCCGAGAAAGCUAAAAAAGAGAAAGAGCGAAGACACAUGCUCGAAUACUUCACGUCUUUCAACAAUGAUCUGGUUGCAAGAGUUGACGCCGUCUUCAUGAAGUAUGCUGCUCUGUACGGACCGUCAUGUUGUGAAUGCGUUUAUUUGACCAGAUUUUUCUCAGACGCCGUUGACAUGUUGGCGGAGAAGGACGAAGUGCUCGCCAAGGUUCGGGAAUUGAAUCGCGACUAUCCGCGUGGAUUUUUCCAGGAUGCAUCCGCGCGACAACCAGAUUUCUUUAGACGCAUCCUGAUCCGAAUGAAAAUGCGGAAACCACCAUUCCAACCCGGAGAUGACGUGUGGACGCGCAUGGAAGAGAAAACGCGAUCAUUUGUGGAGGAAAUAUCGGGAAGACACUAGUAUCGAGUUGCCCGAGUAUGUUUACAUAUCUUGUCAAGCAGGAGCCCGAUAAUUCUGCCUUAAGUCUUCAUACGAUGUUGACCAUGUGAAAAGUGCACAUUUGACAGUUUUCUAUUACCCAACAGAAAUUCUUCGUGUCCGGAGACUAUGAACAGCAUUUUGUCAAAAUCGGAGUUCCUUGCUCUCGCAUCAACUCAUCAGACAUAUGUUUCGCACGCUCGUUAAAUCCAAUUUUUUUUCGCAAAUAUCUAUUUUUACAAAGAGGUGAAAAUUAACAGUAAUUGAUUGAAUAAUUAAGUUCCCCUGUGAUACAGUGUUACUUUUACAAUCAUUCAAUAUUCUGUUCUUUUUCGUUUUUUAUUAGCUCUGUAUGUAUCCCAUAUAUUAUUGAAAAAGCAUCAACUGUGUUAUACUUACGGAAGUAAAGAUUUCCAAAGAUCCACGGUUGAAAGAGGAAAUUCUGACAGUUUUCGGAUAAACAUUCUUUCCGCGGACAGUUUAACAACCUCGCCUGAAAAUACGACGGUGGAAAAUAAACAGAAGAGUGAAAACGUGGCAAUCUUAUCCGUAAUGGUUAACUUGUACAUUUUUAAAUUCUCGCAUUUUACUGACAAAGGUGUCGAUGAGAGUUCAUAUAUUAACCCUUUACACCCUAACAUCCAAAUGCAUAUUCUCCUCAGUGUUCUGUAUACAUAUACUAAGGAACUGACAGGAGAAUUUGUUUA